AGACCAUUCGCGACGCCUACAUGGUGGUAGCUGGUGUCCCCAAUAAGACCACCUUCCACGCCCACCAUAUCUGUGACAUGGCCGUUGACAUGCUGAGCUCCAUUGACCACCUGAAGGACCCUUCGACGGGGGACAACAUCCAGAUCCGAGUGGGAAUCCACUCGGGAAUGGUGGUCGCUGGAGUGGUAGGCCUCAAAAUGCCUCGGUAUUGUCUCUUUGGAGACACCGUCAACACAGCCUCCCGCAUGGAGAGCAACGGAGUG